AUGGCCAGCAAACGUCCCAGACUCGCCGUGCACGCCUCCCCGGCCCGCAUGCCCGCGCUGAGGAGCAGGAAGCGGCAAAAGGUCGGCUCGUCCAUGCGCACCGCGCGCUCGUUCAACCCGGACAGGGUCGACGACGACGACGCCAACGACACCGACUCGGAUUGGGAGGACCAGAUGGAGCACGAGCGUGCCGAAUCGAGCGCGAGGACCGGCGCCGCUGUCGACCGCUCUCGCAGGGCUUCUGCGCCAUCUGGCAGCUCUCGCAGCGCCAUGGCGACGAGGCGGAGCUCUCUUCCGCAGCGACGAGAAGGCUCACAGCGUACUCGAGCGGCGGAUUCGCGGGCUCGUGGUCCGCAGGGCGGCAAGGAGGACUCCGGCAUCACUCAACAACCCCGCACGACCAGGACAGGCCGCACGCAACACCCGCUCAGCCCUUUGCCGGUCAAUCACUCUGUCGACCGAUCCUACUUUCCGGUGAUGGACAAGGCGGGCAAGGGAAAGGGCAAGGAGCGCGCCGUCGAGGAGGACGCCCCGAUGCCUCCACCUCGUCGCAGGCGAGAUGGCUCCGUCCCAGCGCAGGCUGCUCGCGCGACGAGGCGCACAAGCGGUGGACCUGUUGCUCCCGCUUCCACGGGCGAGCCAUCGCGGACGACCCGGCGACGCAGCCGCAGCCUCGUUGAGGAAGACCAGGACGAGGAUGAAGAGUUGGUCGCGGACGAUGCGCCUCGAAGACGGCUGCGAAGCAACUCUCGGACGUCUCUCGAGGCGAUCAGCGAUGCGGAGGAAGUAGCAGACGAGGAGCAUGACGAGGAGGCCGCCGUUUGGGAGGAGGAGGAGGACGGGGAGGGUGGCCGCGCUUCGGACGAUGACGACGACGCCAUGCUGCACAACUGGACGGCCGACCAGCUUCGAACCCUCCGCGUUAUCGACCUCUCGAAUCUUUUCCACCGUCUUCCCGCCCCGUCCACGUCUUUUGCUGCCCCACCACGGCUCAAAGAGGAGUAUAUCCGCGCUAUCAUUGCCGCACGUCUUUCCGAAAGCUCGUCGGACGAUGGUGAAGACGAAGCCGACUCUCCGUUGCCCAAGACUUCGCACGAAGGCAGUCCCGAGGCCUCGCAGCCUCGCCGACGACGGAGCUCGAGCAAGGUCCUGGCGGCUCGUGUAUUGGACGCCAAGCCAGUCGUGCGGAAGAAGCUCGUCAAGCGUCGCAGCGGUGCUCGCCAGCAGGAGCCGACGCCGCCCCCGUCCGACGAGGCCGUCAGCGAGGAAUCUGCGGACGACGUCGAGGAUACGGAAAUUGAGGAGGAGGAGGUGGCGCCACAAGCUGAACCCGAACCGCCGGCUGCUUCGACUCGCAUGGCCCGGCGUGCCAGUGAGGUCGAGAUGCCCCCGCCGCCCGUCCCACGCCGCCAUGUCCGGACGAGAUCCGACAUGACCCAUGUGGUCCCGCCAUCCUUCCGCGCAGCUGCAGGUCCUUCGGGGUCCGGUUCGAACGCUGCGGCUAGCGCGAAAGGGCGCUUGCUCAACGGCUUGCAGGUCAACGUUACCCCCGACGUCUUCACCUCGCCUGUUGCGCAUCGCACGCGCGGGCAGCAACUUCAGCCGGCUCAACCACCGCAGUCCCGCCCGAGCCGCACUUCUCCUGACGCUCCCCCUCCUGGCGCUCACUCCCCUCGUCCUCUCCGCCUCGCGAAGCGCAAGGCUGUCGUCCGGAUCGCCAAGGUCGACAAGGGCAAGGGCCGCGCAGACGACGGCGACGAGGAGAUGCACGAUGGAGACGCCGACAUCGUCCUCGAUUCUGACUCGGGUUCUGAAGCUGAGGAGUCGGACGAGGCCGAGGAGCAGUCCGCCGCCGCCGGCUUGAGCUCGCAGCAGCGCCGUCAACGCUCCGGCGGCAAGCGUGAUCCCGUCGGUCGUCGUCGUUCUGCUCGCACCGCCAAGCAAGUCGAGACCCCGCCUUCGGACGCGGACGAGGAGAGCGGAGGCGAGACCGAGCGCGAGGGCUCGCGCAGUCAGCUCGCCGGCGCCGACAGCGACGACGACGCUGCGUCGGUGCAUAUGACGAGCCAUCUCCGCCACGACGGGCGCAACAAGCACGAUGGCCAGGUGGUCCGCCUCCGUCGUGGCAAGAAGCGUCAGGCAGCCGGUCGCGACGGCGAGGAUGAGCGGAUGGCGAACGGCUCGGACGACGAGGCGCAUGGGGACGAGGACUACGAGGAGGCCGACGACGAGGAGCAAGACGAGGACGAGAUUGACCUCGCAACUGCUACGUCAACUACGCUCAAUCGGUAUCGCAAGGACGACCUUGUGCGCCUAUGCGAGGAGCGCGAGCUUGACAAGGAGGGCACAAAGCCUCAGCUCAUCAAGGCCCUGCUCGAAUGGCGCGACAAGGACGUGGACGCCUCCUCGCCGGCCUCGAUUGCUUCGUCCGGCUCCACCGUGUCGAACGUCUCGACCGAAACCGCUCGCGGCGAGACCAAGACGCAGGCGCUCAACGUUGUCGGCCAUGCGUCGAAUCGCACCUCUGGCGCCAAGACGCCGCUCCUGAUGCGUCCCGACCACUCGGCCAGUCCCGAGAAGCCUCAAACGCCCGAGCACUCGAAGGAGCACGAGCACCAGGAGGACGUCAAUACGCUCGACCUCGAGAGUCUCCAGCUGCAGGACAAGGAGAUUCAGCCGGACAAGCUCACAAGGCUCGAGCGCAUCGGUAGCGGCGGUUUCAAGGACGUCUACAAGGGCAAAUUCCGCAACCGCACGAUCGCCAUUUGCGACAUCCGCGGCCACCUCACCGACAUGGACAUCAAGGAGCUUGGCCUUUUGCGGGACCUCCGCCACACGAACAUCGUCCAGUUCAUCGGCGUUUCGAUUCCGAAGCAGCCGUCGCCCAUUCCCGUCAUGAUCAUCACCGAGCUCUGCGCAAACGGCGACCUGUUCGACUACAUCCGCAAGACUGACCCUCCGCCCUUCACUGCCAUGCUCGAGAUCCUCCUCGGCCUUUCGCGCGGCAUCGAGUACCUCCACCUCCGCAAGCCGACCAUCAUUCACCGCGACAUCAAGUCGUCGAACGUCCUCAUCACGCACGACGGCGUCGCCAAGAUUGCCGACUUUGGCCUCGCACGCAUCAAGACGUCGACCAAGUCGAUGAUCCGCUCGCUCGUCGGCACGGUCAACUGGCAGGCACCCGAGCUGUGGAGCCCGCACCCGCGGUACAACGAGAAGGUCGACGUCUACUCGGCCGGCCUGGUCUUCUGGGAGGUCCUCCAGUGGCAUCAGGCCGUCAAGCGCUACCCGUUCGAGGGACAGAACGAGCAUGCCAUCUACCACGACGUCGGCGCCAAGCAGAUCCGCCCUCCAGCUGGUCCGCUCCGUCGCCAGUGGGGCAGCGAGAUCGUCGACCUCAUGACGACGAUGUGGGAGCAGGACCCCGCGCAGCGUCCGUCGAUGUCGCACGUCGUCAAAGUGCUCGAGAAGCUCAUCUCCGCCGAGAAGGCCAAGGCGAGGGAGGCUGCUCGUCGCGGUUAG